AUGAAAGGUGCAAAUUUUAUUGCAGUUGCUAAACCAGCGGUUCAAACAUUGAUUCAACUGAAUGUACCUGUUUUAUUUGUUUCAAAUACAUGUAUGUUCGAAUCAGAUAAAGCUAAGCACUUAUCAGCAGUACUUAGCGUAACUAUGCAUCCUGAACAAACACCAAUGCGUACAUUAUCUGAUUCUCAUAAUAAACAUGUUCUUAUUUCUGGACACGGUCAAGCUUAA